CAUGUUGUGACAACCAUGUCCCUGGAGAUGGAGAAGACCAUCACCAAGCUGAUGUACGACUUCCAGAGGAACUCCACCUCUGACGACGACUCUGGGUGUGCGCUGGAGGAAUACGCCUGGGUCCCCCCCGCCCUCAGUCCUGAGCAGGUGCAUCAGUAUUACAACUCCUUACCCGAGGAGAAGGUCCCCUACAUAAACAGCCCUGGAGAGAAAUAUCGCAUCAAACAACUGCUCCACCAGCUGCCACCACAUGACAACGAGGUGCGUUACUGUAACGGUCUGGACGAGGAGGAGAAACGAGAACUGAAGAUCUUCAGCAACCAAAGGAAGAAAGACAGCUUGGGAAGAGGCAACGUCCGUCCCUUCCCCCUCACCAUCACUGGAGCCAUCUGUGAUAAGUGCGGUGGUCAGAUAAACGGAGGGGACAUCGUGGUCUUUGCUGCGAGGGCGGGUCAUGGAAAAUGCUGGCACCCUCAUUGCUUUGUCUGCAGCAUGUGUGAGGAGCUGUUGGUGGAUCUCAUCUACUUCUACCAAGAUGGCAAGAUCUUCUGUGGGCGGCACCACGCCGAGAGGCAAAAACCCCGCUGCUGUGCCUGUGAUGAGAUCAUCUUUGCUGAUGAAUGCACCGAGGCGGAGGGAAGACACUGGCACAUGAGGCACUUCUGUUGCUAUGAGUGUGAGACCACCCUCGGCGGCCAGCGCUACAUCAUGAAGGAUGGACGACCACACUGCUGCAACUGCUUUGAGUCCCUCUACGCGGAGUACUGUGAUGCAUGUGGAGAACACAUAGGCAUCGACCAAGGCCAGAUGACGUAUGACGGGCAGCACUGGCACGCAACUGAGGAAUGUUUUUGCUGUGCCCGUUGCAAGCGCUCUCUAAUGGGCCGCCCCUUCCUGCCAAAGCAGGGGCAGAUCUUCUGCUCACGGUCCUGCAGCGCUGGACAGGAUCCUGAUGAGUCCGACUCCUCAGACUCAGCUUUCCAAAGCGCCCGAUCCCGUGAAUCUCGCCACAGUACCAAGAUUGGGAAAAAGGAGCGUAGGAAUGCAGAGCAGGAGCGAAGGAGUGCUGAUGUUCGCCAAUCCGCUCCUACUCCCAUGCCUGAUCGUCUGUCUGUUGAAAAUGAUCCCCUGUCUGUCCAGAUGGACCGUUUAAGCCUCUCAGCAAGCCAGACUCCAAGCAGGACUCCUAACCGCACACCCAGUCGCACUCCGAGCCGUGCCCCCAGCCUUAACCAGGUGUGGAUGAGUCGGGAUGAGGCCUAUGUCCCUGCUGCUUACGAGGGCCCCCAGCGGGAGCCCUCCCCGACCCCUACACCUAUACAUCUCCUGGGCCAGUGUAACCCCAGGCAGGGCUACAAUCCCAACGCAAAUGCUCAUCCUCCAGUCCAGAAUCCUGCCAACCCAGGAAAGAGGCCCGAUUCCUGGGGAAAGGAACAAGGCAAUGCCAAGAGGACCCCUAUGGCUGCACUGAGGGGCCACUCCUUUAAUGAAAACUGGAUCCACCACAGCCAGGAUGAGUUCAGGCCCAACAAGCUACGCACUCAGAUGAGCUUCAAUGAGAUGUCUAGCCAAAACCAAGGCUUCUCUGACAAGAGGAGCAUCAGCCUGCACGGGUUCCAGAGAAACGGCAGACCCCCGCUGACCAGGAGGAACCCCAUCAAUGCCAUGAGCUUCAACGAGCCUCUUACUCCUCUAGAACAGACUCCUCGUGGAUCCAUGGACUCCCUGACUAUGUCUCACGCUACAGGUAACUCUCUGGAUGGGGUCAGUAAGCGACAGGAGCAUUUGUCUAGGUUCUCCAUGCCCGACCUAAGUAAGGACUCAGGAGUGAACGUGUCCGAAAAGAGCAACAUGGGCACCCUCAGUUCCUCUAUCCAGUGCCACAGCACAGAGUCUCUGUCCUCCUCUCGUCCAGUCAACAACAACAUCUACGCUCCACUGAGAGUUGGCUACCCGCUGCAGUACUGGGACGGCCCACAGCCACCGAGCUUUGAUGGUAAAGGUUGUUUUGGGGUGAUGGGCAGCAGUGGAAACCUACGAAUGGCUCCCAUGAGUGACAGAAUGCCUCGUCGUCGCUUAACCGGGCAGGAAUCUGUGUCACAGCCACAGCAGCCGCAGCCAAGAGUCCGCAAACACCAUCGGCACCAUGGUAAUGGGCAGCACCGCAGUGGCCGCCACCACAAGCGCUCUCGGCGUUCCCGUUCCGAUAACGCUCUGCACCUGGUGGCUGACCGCCCGGCUCAAAUGGUGGAGCCGCCCUACCGCCGCGUUCAGGAGGAUUAUGAUCGAUUCCCCGCAGGUCAUGCUGCUCGGGAAAUGUUUGGUCUGGAGCCAGGUGGGUACAGGCAGCAGCCCCACCGGCCCUGCCCCCGCACUACCUCGGAUCUCACCCUGCAGAAUGCUGGCUGGCAACCUGUGGGGCUGGGUGGGCCACGCUGGACUGAUGGCCCAAUGGAGGCUGCUGACCCCUGGUGCUCCAGCUGCUCCUCUUCCUCCGAGUCAGAAGGAGAUGAGGGUUAUUUCCUGGGUGAGCCAAUCCCUCGGCCCGUGCAGCUGUGCUACAUCAACAACGAGGAGCUGCGCCAUCGCUACAGCCCCUCUGGGAUGGGCCCCCAUCACGGACCUCUGCAUGGGCCGAGUCACGGCCAGCUACACACUCGCCAGAGGAGGAAGAGCAAAAACUGCAUAAUUUCGUAG